UUCCCCGGGCUGAGCGCCCGAGCUUUGUGCCGGCUCUUCUAUAUAUAAACCAGGCAGGAAUGUGCCCUGCAGGGCAGCUGUGGGCUGGAGGGAGGAGAACCAGUGCGGGCUCAGCCAUGGCGAUCCACAUCGAUCCGGCCGAGGAGCCUCGGAUCUACCAGCAGACGCUUCUCCAGGACGGGCUUCGAGACCUACUGGACAACCACAAGUUCGUGGACUGCGUGCUGAAGGUGAAGGACCAGGAGUUCCCCUGCCACCGGCUGGUUCUGGCCGCCUGCAGCCCUUACUUCCGAGCCAUGUUCCUCUCCAGUCUGGAGGAGAGCAAGAUGCGGGAGAUCACGCUGGAGGCGGUGGAGCCGGAGACGGUGGGGCUGCUGCUGCGCUACCUCUACACCUCGGAGGUGCAGCUGAACGAGAGCAACGUGCAGGACAUCUUCGCCGCCGCCAACAUGUUCCAGAUCCCCUCCAUCUUCACCCUCUGCAUCUCCUACCUGCAGAAGCGGCUCAGCCUCAGCAACUGCCUGGCCAUCUUCCGACUCGGCCUGAUGCUGGACUGUCCCCGGCUGGCCGUGGCCGCCCGCGACUUCGCCUGUCAGCACUUCGGCCUGGUCAGCAAGGACGACGACUUCCUGCGCCUGAGCGCCGAGGAGCUGGCCGCCAUCGUCUCCAACGACUCCGUCAACGUGGAGAAGGAGGAGGCGGUCUUCCAGGCGGUGAUGAGCUGGGCCGAAAAGGAGGAGAGCCACCUCGAGGCCCUGCCCAUGGUCUUCGACUGCCUCCGCCUCCCCCUCAUACCCCGGGACUACCUGGAGAAGCAGGUGGAGGGGCACCGGCUGGUCAAGUCUAGGCCCGAGCUCCUGGCCAAGAUCCAGCGGGUGAAGGACGCCCUGGACGACAAAAGGCCGAAGGAGGCCCCGAAGAAGAAAGGGGGCAAGGCCAAGGGCGAGAAGGAGGAGAAGGAAGAGGCGGCUCUGGGUGUCCUGAACGAUAACCUGCGCUUUGGCAUGUUCAUGAGGGACCUGAUCUUCAUGAUCAACGAGGAGGCCACCGUGGCCUACGACCCCGCCACCAACGAGUGCUACUUCGCCUCGGUCUCCGGCAAGGUCCCCAAGAACCACGUCAGCCUGGUCACCGCCCAGAACCAGGUCUUCGUGGUGGGCGGCCUCUAUUACAGCGAGGAGAACAAGGAGAACCCGCUGCACUCCUAUUUCCUGCAGUUUGAUCCUCUGGACUGUGAUUGGCUGGGAAUGCCUCCUCUGCCUUCGCCGCGAUGCCUUUUCGGCCUGGGGGAGGCAGAAAAUGCCAUCUACGUCAUCGGAGGCAAGGAGGUAGCAGAAGGCGAGAGGUCCCUGGACACUGUGAUGUGCUACGAUCGACACACAUUUAAAUGGGGAGAAUCAGACCCACUUCCGUAUGACGUGUAUGGUCACUGUGUGGUUUCUCAGAACGCACUGGUGUACGUAAUAGGAGGGAAGGGAAAAGACAAGAAGUGCUUGAACAAAAUGUGUGUGUAUAACCCCGAGAGGUUCGAGUGGAAGGAGCUGGCCCCCAUGAAGACAGCCCGCUCCUUGUUUGGAGCGACAGUCUACAAAGACAAAAUCUGGGUGGCCGCAGGAGUCACUGACAGUGGGCUGACUGGGAGCAUCGAGGUGUACGAUACAGCCACAGACAAGUGGGAAGAAGGCAUGGCGUUUCCCCAGGAGCGGAGCUCCCUCAGCCUGGUCACCCUGUCGAACUGUCUCUAUGCCAUUGGCGGCUUCGCCAUGAUGGAAUCUGAAUCCGGGGAUCUCAUCCCGACCGAGAUAAAUGACAUAUGGAAGUAUAACGAUGACAAGAAGGAAUGGUUUGGUGUCCUCCGCGAGAUUCCUUACGCUGCAACGGCAACCUUCCUUCCAGUUCGACUAAAUAUUUUACGGCUGAACAAGCUAUAACGGCAAAGACUGUGGUGUUGGCAUUGAGGGAUGUGGAAAGGGUACGAGGUAUUAUACUUGUAACCAAACAAUGGAAGAUGGGAAUUUAUGUAUUCUUUAUAAAGAAUUUGUCAAACUAUUGUUAAUAAUGAUUUAUUAUGUAAUUAAAUUUCCAAAAAAACUUAGUUCUGUUCAUUUGAGUGAUUCAUACCAGCAAAGUUCUCAUGAUGAUGUAAAUUAAAUUAUCUUUUAAAAAUAGAUUAAUGUUUAUCCAUAAAGUAGAUUUGUUAAAUAUGAAUGUAAGAAAUAGGAUCAGGAGUCGACCAUCUGGCCCAUUGAACAUUCUCUGCCUUUCAAUGAGAUCAGAGCUGAUCUGGCCAUGGACUCAGCUCCACCUCCCUUACAUUUCCCCAUAACCCGUAAUGCCUCUGCUAUAUAGAACUCUGUCAGACUGUGUCUUAAGUAUAUUUAACGAGGUAGCCUGUAUUGCUUCACUGGGCAGAGAAUUUUACAGAUUCACCACUCUCUGGGAAAAGCAGUUUCUCCUCAUCCCCCUCCUAAAUCUAUUCCCCUGAAUUCUAAGACGGUCCCCUAAUUCUAGUCUCACCUACUGGUGGAAACAACUUUUCUGUCUCUAUCUUAUGUAUAUCCCUUUCAUAAUUUUAUGUUUCUAAAAGAUCCCCUCUCAGUCGUCUUUGUUAGAUGUUAUUAGAGGAACAAUUCUUUGUUAAUACCAGGAUACUACCAAUAUUACUAAGGUCAGAUCAGAAUCAGGUUUAUCAUCACCGGCAUGCAUCAUGAAAUUUGUUAAUUUAACUGCAGCAGUACAAUGCAAUACAUGGCAAUAUAGAAAUAAAAAAACAAUAAAAUAAGUAAA